UGCUAUCAUGUGCUCCGAAGGAGCGGUAUCAGCGGCCCAUCUUGGCCGCGGAAACAGGAAUGUUGAUGAAGACAGCCAGGAUUACCAAGUGAUGCUGCCCCAACUGCCGAAAGGUCGGAUUGUUUUUAAUACUGUGUUUUUGCAUGGCGAUAUCCGUGCUCGGCCGUAUAGAGUUGAGGACUACCGUGACGCCCUGGCCAGCUUGAAAGUGCUCCCCGAGGUUGUCGCCUUGGGAGCUUUCCAAAUGAACCACGUGUGGGCCGUAACAAUGAAGAGCUCGGAAGCCGUCAACAAACUGCUAACAGCUGCAACAAUUACUGUCAAGGGCCGGCGAUGCCUGGUGGUUGAUCCCAACAACCAAGACCUACGUCUUAAAAUGCACUGGGUCCUCCAUAACGUCAGCGAUGAAGAUGUACGCGAGGCCUUAGCGCCGUACGGCGAAGUUACGGAAGUCUCACGAGAGCGCUGGCGCGCACAGGGCGUGACAGACAAGGGCUCCACUACGCGUCCGGUGAAUCUCGAGUUGAAGCCUGGUGUUAAAAUUGAUGAUAUCCCGCACCAGCUGCGUGUUGCAGGAGAGCCUGCUUUAUUAGUGGUGCCUGGAAGGCCACCGCUUUGUUUGCGCUGCCAGGGAAAAGGUCACGUUCGCAGAGAGUGCCGGGUGCCACGAUGCUCGCGCUGCAAACGUUUCGGUCAUGACGAAAGUCAGUGUGCGCCUACAUACGUGAACGUCACAGGGCCCAUAAGGAGUACUGGCUCUUCUGAGCUCGUCAUGGACGAGGCAGAAGCUGAGGAAACGGCGGCAGUAGAAAACGCGAAGUUGGAACCACAACCAACGCCCCCGGCGACGGUCCCCGCCCCCUUGCAGCGAGCCGUUACUUCGGUGCCUAGCGAACAGCAGCCACUGCAAGAAAGGCAGCCUGACCUGUCAAAGGACGCGCUGCGCCGGUCGAGAAAAGCCAAGGAAGUCUCAGCAACAUCGACGGAUCCCAACGCGCCGAGCGCAAUGGAGACCGACGUGACUUCAUCGUCGAAUAAGCGGGCGCACAUCGAGACGGUGAAAGGCGACGACCCGGGUGGUGGCCUGAAUGCCGAGGAGCCGCCUGCGAAAGCGGCACCGGUACGACGCUCACCAUUCAGGCCGAAGCCCAGCGUUCCCCCAGAUAAACGCGAGGCGGACGCGGCGCCGAAGUAGGCGCUGGGGUCUGCACUUCACGGGCGCCUGUACAACAUGUCGCGCAAGAUUUUCAAGUGCACGGACGGCAAUGGAUUGUCGC